AUGGCCUCCCGCAGCCGCGCCAAAGUCAAAGAGGCCAACCUGAAGAUCGAGGCUGAACUCGCCUCAGCAGCUGCUAGUGGGGCCACGCCGUUGUUCGUCGAUUUCCUCGAGUUUGACCUCGCCAAGAUGGCCGCGGGGAAGAGGCCCUGGCGAAUUGUUGACUUCUUCAUCAAUCUCAAGCGGCUCGACCAUUUCAAGGCCAUCAAAUACUACCUGUUACUUGGGCGGGGCGACUUCAUCAGUCUACUCAUUGAGACCCUCGGCCUCAGUCUCAAUGAGCCCGCCAACACCUUGUAUCUUCACAACCUCACCUCCACACUCGUGUCAGCCAUCCGCGCCACCAGCAACAAACAAUUGUUGCCCAACAGACUUGUUAUGCGCAAGCUCAAUUUCAGUCCCCACGUGUCCCGCUGGGACUUUUUCAUGCUCAAGUUCAAGACCGAAUGCCUCAUUGGUAUCGUCCUCUCCGCAGCCGCUAUGGAGAAUUACAUGCGCAUGUUGAGGGUGCUCUGGUAG